AUGCUUCAUCAAAAAUCAUUAAAUGCAACAAAAUCAUCAGAAAACAAUAAUGAUAAAUACAACGAUAGUACCUAUUAUAAUAGAAUUAGAAAAUACAACAUUAGAGAUGAACCGAUUACAUUGAAUAAUUGGUAUCUUCACAUUAAUUGGUUGCAUACUCCUUUCUUGAUUGCAACACCUUUAAUUAGUCUAUAUGGUUUGUACACUACGCCUAUUCAAUUCAAUACUGCUAUUUGGACCAUAUGCUAUUAUUUCAUAACGGGUUUAGGAAUUACGGCAGGACAUCAUAGGUUAUGGGCUCAUCGAGCUUAUAAGGCUUCUCGUGCAUUGGAAAUAUUAUUGGUAUUAGCAUCAUCUGGAGCUGUUCAGGGAUCCGUACGUUGGUGGUGUAGAGAUCAUCGGGCUCAUCAUCGCUAUACUGAUACUGAUAAAGAUCCUUAUAAUGCAAACAAAGGUUUAUUCUAUUCACAUAUAGGUUGGAUGAUGUUAAAACCAAACCCCAAUAACAUUGGUAAUGCUGACAUCUCAGAUCUUAGUGCAGAUCCAUUACUAAGAUUUCAAAAUCAUUAUUAUGGUCUUUUCGCUGCUGUUAUGGGUUUCUUGGUACCAACUUUGGUUGCUGGCUUAGGUUGGGAUGAUUGGUGGGGUGGAUUUUAUUUUGCAGCAAUUCUUCGUUUAGUUGUAGUGCAUCAUGCGACAUUUUGCGUCAACUCAUUGGCUCACUUUUUAGGCGAAACAACGUUUGAUGAUCGUCGUUCACCACGUGAUCAUUUCUUGACAGCCAUUUUUACUUUGGGUGAAGGAUACCACAAUUUUCACCAUGAGUUCCCGAUGGAUUAUCGUAAUGCAAUCAAAUUCUAUCAAUAUGAUCCUACCAAAUGGUUAAUAAAAUUAUUAUCUUAUUUUGAAUUGACUCAUCACCUGAAGAAAUUCCCAGACAAUGAAAUCAAUAAAGGGAAAUUAUUAAUGAAACAAAAAAAAUUGGAUGAUGCAAAGAAAGAUUUAUAUUGGGGUAUUCCACUAAGUCAAUUACCCGUUUAUACUUUUGAUGAAUUCAAAGAAAGUGCAAAAAAUAAUAAAUUGAUAUUGAUAGAAGGUAUAAUUAUUGAUGUGACCGAUUUUAUCGAGGAACAUCCAGGUGGAAAAUCAAUAAUUGCCACUUCAAUAGGCAAAGAUAUGACAACAGCGUUUAACGGUGGUAUUUAUGAUCAUUCUAAUGCAGCUAGAAAUUUGAUGGCUAAUUUCCGUGUUGGUGUAAUUGCUGGUGGCGGAGAAGUUGAAUGUCGUAAAUCAAGAUAA